UCCUGCCUACAUCCUGUGGUCAGUCAAGCAUGCCCUUUACUGGGAUAGUCGGUUUUCAUUUUCAGUUGAAUAUUGUUUCAAUGUGGGAUUAGACUGGGAAAAUGUUAUUAAGUUGGUACAUAAUCUUGACGUGUCUCUGGUCGGCGCAAGCGGACCUCUUCAGCAAGGCCACUAGGACUAAGGCAGAGGAGAAGGACAUAAGGAACAGCGUGUUCGACUUCAUCAUUGUUGGAGGUGGUACUGCUGGGUGUGUCCUCGCUAAUAGACUGUCUUCUAUUAGUGAUUGGAAGGUUUUAGUUUUAGAAGCGGGAGAAGAAGAGAAUAUAGACUAUGACAUACCCGGAGUACCCACAAAUGACUUCCGACCAAUAUUAUGGAACUAUAGAACGGAAAGAAAUGGUUUUUCUUGCUUAUCUCGACCUGGGGGAAGCUGUGAAGUGAAAACUGGGAAAGUUCUUGGUGGUUCCAGCGUCACCAAUGAUAUGAAGUACAUCAGAGGUUCCAAGAAAGAUUACGAUGCAUGGCAUAUGAAUGGAGAAAUAGGUUCUCUGGAAUGGAAGUUUGACAAUUUGCUAGAACAUUUCAAAAAUUCUGAGGAUAAUGGUGACUACGAUGUUUUAAUGAACUCCCAUUAUCAUUCUCGAGGAGGUGAAAUGCACGUGCAAAAAUUCAAAUACGCAGAUCGUUACAUAGAAAUAUUUUCAGCCGCAUUUGCUGAAAUGGGUCUUCGCUCUGUAGACAUAAACACGAAUGUUCCUGAGGCUGUAGUUAACAAUCAAUUCACUAUAUCAAAUAAUACAAGACUAAGUACCAACAGCGCUUUUCUAAAACCCGUGAGGCAUAGAAAGAAUUUGGUGAUCAAGACAGGCGUGACUGUCACUAAAAUAAUCAUUGAUCCACAAGAGAAAAUGACUGAGGGUGUUAUGUAUACAGUAGACAAAGGAAAAGAACAACCAGCGUAUGCUAAAAGAGAAGUAAUAUUGACUGGAGGAGCUAUCAAUAACGUUAGAUUGUUACAUUUGUCGGGUAUAGGACCAAAAGCGGAAUUAGCUAAACACAACAUAACGACGUUAUUAGAUUUACCUGUUGGUUUGAACUAUCAAGAUCAAGUAACAACUGGAGGAUUAGCUUUCACAUUAGGUGAAGUACCAGCAGUGAGCGAAUCUCAAGUCAUUGACGAUUUUAAAACAUGGUUUGAAAGUCGCAACGGUCCUCUAGCCUCUCGUGGAAUAAAUCAAGUGUCCGCUUUCAUUCAAUUGUAUGAAAAUAAAGUAGCACCUGAUGUAGAAUUGAGUUUGAUGGGUAAUUAUUUGCGUAGCGAUAAGUUUAUGCUUACAAAUAUCAGUAUCCAUACUGCGGAAGAAAUCAACAUGCCCCUGCCAUAUUACAAUUUAGUUCUAGUAAAUCCAGUAUUAUUGAAACCUAAAAGUGUUGGGAAAGUCACAUUGAACAAAAGAAAUCCAAAGUUCGGACGCCCUGUAAUACAAGCAAAUUUAUUAAAAGAGUCAGACGAUUUAGAUGCUCUCGUUGAUAGUAUAGACAUUGCUCUACAGAUAUUGAAUACGAGAGAAAUAAAGAAAAGUGAGAUUAAACUAGCGCCUAUUGAUUUGUUUCCUUGUGAUAGACUAAAGAAUAGAGAACAAUGGAAUUGUAUAGCAAGACAUUAUACAAAAGCAAUGAGUAAUCCAAUUGGUACAUGUCGAAUGGGUUAUAACAGUACUAAUUCAGUAGUUUCUUUUAACCUGAGAGUUCAUGGUUUAGAAAGAUUACGAAUUAUGGAUGCAUCUGUAAUGCCAUCUCAUGUUCGAGGAAAUAUCUACGCUCCAACUAUUAUGAUUGCAGAGAAAGGAGCUAAAUUAAUACUUCGAGACUGGCAGGAAAACAAAGGAAGCUAUUACAGCAAACGGUGAUCACAAUGAACUACAAAUGUAAAUAAGGACUUAGUGUAAACCUGUAAAUAAAAUUCAAUUUAAUACCAAA